ACUUCCUGGGUCAUGGGAGUGAAGGAGUCUGGGUGACAGGAAGCUAGCGGACUGUGAUACCUAUUGCCUAGCUGCCAGAUGAACCUUGUCUUGAAAAUAGCGUGACUGCCCCAUAGGCUAUUCAGUGUGAGGAAGACAAAAAUUCUUUGGAACCUACCUAGUGGGUUUGCCUUCCAGAUUUGGUAGCCGCAAAAAGCAAAGGGGGAUCAUGGGCAAAGGAAGAUUUGAUGAAAAAGAAAAUGUGUCCAACUGCAUCCAGUUGAAAACCUCAGUUAUAAAGGGUAUUAAGAACCAAUUGUUAGAACAAUUUCCAGGUAUUGAACCAUGGCUUAAUCAAAUCAUGCCUAAGAAAGAUCCUGUCAAAAUAGUGCGAUGCCAUGAACAUAUAGAGAUCCUUACAGUAAAUGGAGAGUUACUAUUUUUUAGACAAAGAGAAGGGCCUUUUUAUCCAACCCUAAGAUUACUUCACAAAUAUCCUUUUAUCCUGCCACACCAGCAGGUUGAUAAAGGAGCCAUCAAAUUUGUACUCAGUGGAGCAAAUAUCAUGUGUCCAGGCUUAACUUCUCCUGGAGCUAAACUUUACCCUGCUGCAGUAGAUACGAUUGUUGCAAUCAUGGCAGAAGGAAAACAGCAUGCUCUGUGUGUUGGAGUCAUGAAGAUGUCUGCAGAAGAUAUUGAGAAAGUCAACAAAGGAAUUGGCAUUGAAAAUAUCCAUUAUUUAAAUGAUGGGCUGUGGCAUAUGAAGACAUAUAAAUGAGCCUCAGAAGGAAUGCACUUGGGCUAAAAAUGGAUAUUGUGUUGUAUCUGUGUUUGUGUCUAUGUGUGACAACAUGAAGAUAGUAUCUCUGUGGUUAUGCUGAAUAAAUUCAACAGAUGCUAAAAUUCUGUUAGCUUAAAAA